GUUUAGAGAAAAAAAAAAGUCUAAAUGUCGAGAAUUAAGUUGAAAUGGGCUGCAAGUUGUGUAAUUUUGACUUCAUCUGGAAUACUAUUUCAAUUUCGUUCUCGAGAUUGAACUUUUUCUCGAAGUGCAUAAUGGGAAAACAUUGUUCCUACUCUGAUUAUUUACUUCUCACGCCUGUCCUUAUCCUCUUCUGUACAAAACAUUAUUCGACCGAAAUGUAAUAAAAUAACAAUAUCAAAGGCUAAGAUGACUGUCAUGACAUUUUGCUAGUGGUACAGGUAGGGACUACUGACAGUAUUCUGUCAGGGAUGAGGUUGGCCUGAGCAUGCGCAGUCCGGGAACAUUGGGACUCCAUUCCAGUCUGUUACAGAGGAUUCCCUGAGUGUAGCAUCUUUGAAAAGCUGUCUGCGUUGAUAACUUCACCUGCUGUACAAACAAAAACUAUUUACCAUGAGUGGAGACCACGGGCAAGGAGACUCUCAGGUCAAUUCUGGAUCCAAAGGAAGUGACACUCACAAACAUAAAGACAAGCACAGGGACAAGGAACACAGGCAUAAAGACCACAAGAAAGACAAAGAACGAGAGAAAUUAAAGCGCAGUAACAGUGAGCAUAAGGACCACUCUGAGAAGAAACACAGAGACAAAGAGAAGCUGAAGCACAGUGAAGGAGGCUCAGACAAGCACAGUGAAAGACACAAAGAGAAAGACCGGGACAAAGAGAAGAAAAGAGAAGAGAAGAUUAAAUCAUCCCAUGCCGACAAGCCUAAAAAGGAAAAAGAAAAUGGAUAUGUAAGAGAGACAAGUCCUGCUGCCAUAAAGAGUGAGCCUGAAGAAGACAACGGCUUCUACCCCUCCCCCCAACACAACAAGACCUUCAAACGAGAGUAUGAUGAUGAAGAAUUUGAAUACAAGCCCAAAAAAGUCAAGACGGAACAGGACAAAAAGGCCAAGAAAAGAAAACAUGAUUAUGACGACGAUGAGGAAGAAGAGGACAUCAAGCCAAAAAAGAAGUCAAAAGACAAAAAAGUAACAGAGGGAAAGAAGUCCAAAAAAGAAGAAGGGGAAAAGUGGAAAUGGUGGGAGGAGGAAAGAUCCACCGAUGGCUCCAAAUGGCGCUUCCUUCAGCAUAAAGGUCCAGUGUUUGCACCUCCGUAUGAACCCUUGCCUGACAAAGUUAAAUUUUACUAUGAUGGUAAGCUUAUGAAGCUUAGUGCUCCUGCUGAAGAAGUAGCUACAUUUUUUGGAAAGAUGUUGGAUCACGAGUACACCACGAAAGACAUCUUCAGGAAGAACUUCUUUAAAGACUGGAGGAAGGAAAUGACAUCAGAGGAGAAGUCAAAGAUCACAGACCUGAACAAGUGCAACUUCAGUGACAUGAAUGAGUACUUCAAGACCCAAUCAGAAGCAAGGAAACAGAUGUCAAAGCAGGAGAAACAGAAAAUCAAAGAGGAGAACGAGAGACUCCUCCAGGAGUACGGUUUCUGCAUCAUGGACAACCACAAAGAGCGGAUCGGAAACUUCCGCAUUGAGCCCCCAGGCCUCUUCCGUGGACGAGGGGAUCAUCCGAAAAUGGGCAUGCUCAAACGGCGCAUCAGACCUGAGGACAUCAUUAUUAACUGUAGCAAGGACUCCAAGCACCCUAAACCUCCCCAGGGAACAAAAUGGAAGGAGGUUCGCCAUGACAACAAGGUCACCUGGCUGGCAUCUUGGACAGAGAACAUCCAGGGCUCCAUUAAAUACAUCAUGUUGAACCCUAGCUCCAGGAUCAAGGGGGAGAAGGAUUGGCAGAAAUAUGAGACUGCGCGACGGUUAAAGAAGUGUGUGGAUCGCAUCCGUAACCAGUAUAGAGAGGACUGGAAAUCCAAAGAGAUGAGGAUCAGGCAGAGAGCUGUUGCACUGUAUUUCAUAGACAAGCUUGCACUGAGGGCAGGUAAUGAAAAGGAGGAAGGGGAGACAGCUGACACAGUAGGCUGCUGCUCGCUGCGGGUGGAGCACAUCAAACUGUACCCCAAGAUGGAUGACCAGGAGUAUGUGGUGGAGUUUGACUUCUUGGGGAAGGACUCAAUCCGCUACUACAACAAGAUCCCUGUGGAGAAAAGGGUCUUUAAAAACCUGCAGUUAUUCCUGGAGAACAAACAGCCUGAAGAUGACCUCUUCGACAGACUGAAUACUUCUAUUCUGAAUAAGCACUUACAGGAGUUGAUGGACGGCCUGACAGCAAAGGUAUUUCGUACCUACAACGCCUCCAUCACCCUGCAGCAGCAGCUCAAGGAACUUUCCUGCUCCGAUGACAGCAUACCAGCCAAAGUUCUGUCGUACAACCGAGCCAACCGUGCAGUGGCAAUCCUCUGUAAUCACCAGAGAGCUCCCCCAAAAACAUUCGAAAAGUCCAUGCAGAACCUUCAGACCAAGAUCGACGAGAAGCAGAAUCAACUGUCAACAUCUAAGAAGCAGCUGAAGGCUGCAAAGGCUGAUCACAAGGCCUCUCAUGAUGAAAAGAGCAAAAAGACUUUGGAGGUGAAGCGUAAAGCUGUCCAGAGGAUAGAGGAACAGCUGAUGAAGCUACAGGUGCAGGCAACAGACAGAGAGGAGAACAAGCAGAUUGCUUUGGGCACGUCCAAGCUCAACUACCUGGAUCCACGCAUCUCUGUUGCAUGGUGCAAGAAAUGGAGCGUCCCCAUUGAGAAGAUCUACAACAAAACCCAGAGGGAGAAGUUUGCCUGGGCUAUUGACAUGGCUGAAAAAGACUAUGAGUUUUAAACACCUAAUGUUUGACCUUUUCUAUUCAUGCCUUUGAUUGUAAAGAUGGUUUGUAGUUGAUGUCAAACAAUUCCACUGAAGUGGUUAACUGCAGGGCUGUGAAGGAGGAAAACUUUGUCAGAGCUAUGACCACAGUUUAGUCAUGUCGCUGUAUAAAUGGUUUGGUUGUGAAUAUGAGCAUAAGAGCAUAACUCCUGCACCAUUCGACCAACCUGCCGUAGGGCAUCUCUCUUUUAAAAAUGAAAUUACAGUAGUGUGUAUGUAGCUGCAGUUUUCUGCCCAUGGUCAAACAACAAUGAACACAUUGGUUAUAUGUUAUGUCAGAUAUGACUACUGAGAUUUUUUUAAGCAAUCAGACUUAUUGAGAAAUUCUAUAUUCUCAUAGAAUAAUGAACUAACUAAUGUGUGUGUGGGAACUGUGAGGAACGUUGAGUGAUAAAAGGAUGAAUUUCAAUUGGUUGGAUUUCAGUGUGGAAGAUUGGUAUAAUAAAAUGCACCAGAAAGACUGACGACAGUGUGAAAAAACAGAAACCCUAGCACUAUGCUCAUAAAAUUAUUAGCACACCGAAUGCCAUCCUAUUUUUCACUGUUUAUUUCAGGGAUGUACAUAUUUAUUGUCAUGUUACCGUUUAAAAAAAAACGUUUUUUAUUUCUAAAAUGUGUAAUGUAUGCAUUUUCAACAUUAAGCUCUUACUUGCUCAUGCAACUCCAGUCAGUGUCUGUUUCCACAGUGUUGCAAUGAACAAGACGUGACAUUCCUCUUUGUUACUUGAAACAUUUGAAAUACUGCAUAAUGUUUUUUGUGUAAGAGCUGAAAGAGUCUGACAGAGGUGGUUUCUGAGAGGGAUGUGGAUUUUUGCCAAAAAAGAAUCACAGAAGUCUAUCAAUGUAGUGUGAUGUUUGUUUUUGUAUUGCUGUGAUUAAGCAGGGCAUGUCCUGCCUUAACUCAUUUCAUAAUGUGAACGGAUAUUCUAAACUUCUGACAUUAGUAUUUCUUGCUAUUUGAUCAUUUAUCACACAAUGUCUGAUGGGUUGAAUGCCUAUUGUUUUGAGCUUUGUAGUUUUCAAAAUAAAACAUCGACCUUG